UCUCUCACCAUCCUAAAAGCAGAUUUGUCCAGUUGAGACAUGUUACGUUUUUUGUGUAUAGCAGGGGCGCUAGGACCGUGAGGGAGAGCGCCUCUAAAUGCAUUUUCAGUAACAUUUUCAGACAGUUAUUUGUAAGCGCGUUUGAGCCGGAUAGCAGUUGAAGCGACUCACAAGGACGGACAUUCACUUUGAGUAGGAAUGAAUAUAAUCCAAUAGUUGACUCUCAUCAAUAAACUUUGCUUUGACCGAAUUGAUUAGGACACUUUAUCAAAGUGGGGACUCGCUCUCUGCGGGACUGUGAAGAGAGAGAGAGAGAGAUAGAUAGAUACCUGUCACACUGAAGCGAUGGGAGAAAUCUGGAGAAUUGAUUUACCCGAUAUUUUUGAAGGGGGCGAAAACGUGAAUUGGAUUUAAACACAGACUAACCUUUUAACAAAAAGUGAGUUGAGUAUACUGCCUCCCACCCAGCACUAUUCCCCUGUAUUGGUGCAACUCAAUAGUGACAGGGCAAGGUAAACAUCAUCUGUUGUCUUUGGGGUCUAACAACAACCCAACGAGGGGACAUGGCACGGUACUACAUUUACUCAUGAUGAAUGUGGUUGGUGAAUGACAAAAGACCCAGUGAGGGGGUUUUCAGGACAAAGCUCUGGCCCUGGGAAGCAGGUUGUUCUCAGAAUUCCAGAGCCUUCACUCAAGGGUCAAAGAUGAGAUGAAGAAUGCCGACAACAGCUUUCAGUGUUUUGCUCAAUGACCAUGUAUCCACAUCCAAACUCUGGCCUGGCUCAUCUCUCCAUCUUAGUCCUGCUCCUCCCCCUCUCUCUGCCAUCUCGAGCCCCCCCUCACCAACACCCCGUCCACCUCCCCUCACUGGUGCCCCAUGCACCCCUGCCCCUCUCCCGCUCUCGCUUUAGUUCCCAGACUCAACUGGACUUCACCACUCACUGCAAUGCCAGCUGUUACCACAAAGGAGAGCAAGAGAGCAGGCGAGAGCACCUGACUGAGCAGCUGGCAUUCGAGACGCUCUAUGCAGACGGUUCUCGUACCCUCACCACUGUGGAUGUGGCGGAUGAGGAUAAUUAUGAGGGCACCAUCAGUCCUGCCAUUCAACCUCCACCAACAAGAGGACGUAGAGUUACCAGUAGGCACAGGCGUCAGAAAAGACAGAUCUACGGGGCUGAUGGGCGCUUCAACAUACGCGGUGACCACUUCCUGUUGGACUACCCAUUCUCCACAGCUGUGAGGAUCUCCACCGGCUGCACUGGGGUCCUAGUGUCUCGACUCCAUGUCCUGACCGCCGCCCACUGUGUGCAUGAUGGGAAGGACUAUGUCAAGGGAGCCCGUAAACUGAGGGUAGGCUUCCUGACUCCUCCGUACAUCAACGGCACCAAGCCCAGCCAGACCCCCACCAAGAAGCCCCUGGUGCGCUGGGUCCGGGUCAAACGCACCCGUGUCCCAAAGGGCUGGAUCCAGGGCCCCCAAGAGGUCAGCAUGGACUUUGACUACGCCCUCUUGGAGCUGCGCUGGCCCCACCGCCGGCCCUUCAUGCGUCUGUCUGUGGCUCCCUCCUCUGACGACCUGGCAGGGAAACGCAUCCAUUUCUCUGGGUUUGACAGUGACAGGCCUGGGGAGCUGGUCUACCGCUUCUGUCCUGUGGAAGACGAGUCUAACGACCUGAUCUACCAGCACUGUGAUGCCCGGCCGGGGGCCAGCGGCUCGGGGGUGUACGGCCGCGUGUGGGACACAGCUCUGGAACGCUGGGAGAGGAAAGUCAUCGGCAUUUUCUCUGGACACCAGUGGCUGGAGAUUGAUGGGGAGAACCGAGACUACAACGUGGCUGUGAGAUUCACCCCGCUGAAGUUUGCCCAGAUCUGUUACUGGGUGCAUGGGAACCGAGUGGACUGUAGUCAGGACUGAGAGAGAAGGGGAGGGGGGAUGGCCUAUAAAAAAAAAGAGGCUAUGAAGUCCAUGACAGAUAACUAUUUAAAGUAAGCACAAAAUCCUUUAAAGGAGAUGUGGAGAGGAAAUUACUCCCCAACUUAGUUUUUAAAAGGGUAAGAGUGAAACUGGAUUUAAUCCUAAUAAAACAUCUACAAUACUAUCGAAGAAAACAGGACUGCUAAACCUUCAUGCACCGUAACAGGUUUCCCUUGGAGGUGUUAACCACUGUGACUAGGAGCCUUGCUGUUUUAUAACUAUGGUAGCAGCCAUUAACUUUAUACUUUGGAAUAAUAUUGAACAGCUUUAGCCAAUGGAGCAAAUAUUGGAUUUUUUUUAUUUUUAGAUAUCAUACUCCCAUUGUUCUCCGUAAUACUGUGGCUGCAUGUUUUCAACAUUUAGGAUCAAAUCUGCGGGUGUGGAGUUGAUCUUACAAAGAGAUGUGGGAGGGGGCCGCUUAUUUGUUUAGGUAACGUCACUUAAGGAUGUGAAUGAUUUUGGAAAGUACAGGGACUUCUCAUUCUGGGUUAGAAAGACACCUGUAAAAUAUCAACACUCAGCCCCAAUGGCCCAGAGGCAUAUCUAGCCACACUGACAAGAUACGGUGCCUCGAUACAACAAACAUGUCAAAAAGGGUCAAAGGUAUCAAUGGUGAAAUCAACAAAAGUCAGACUCUGAAAACCUAAGGGAGUUCCUUACUCAAUGCUGGCAGCAUAAACUACUUGCUUUCAAGAGGGUUAGGGGGUGAAAAUCAGAAUGGUGAUAUUUUUUGUAAAUGCCUAUUUUAAUAAAUAUUUUAGUUUAUCA